GCGGGGCCUGGGAGCCGGCGGCUGCGGAGCCUCGGAGCGCCGGGAAGCCGCGGCGGGGUCGGGCCGCAGCGCGCGACCCGGGUCCCUGGCGAGCUCCAGCCCUGCCGCGGAUUCCGUCUCUCAGGGAGCCGCCCCGAGCACCGAGACGAGGCCGUGAACCCCCACAGCACGCCCAGCGUGCCCCGGUGAGAGCCCAGGCCAAGCCGUUGCAGGUGUAUCAAGGAGCCAGGCUCCCCCUUAGGCUGUAAGCCCUGGACCAUCAGAAGCCUGAUCAGUCCUGUCUGGGUCUUGGAGGCCCGGCACCAGAAGCAGGCCAGAGCACGGGCCCUGGUUGGAAAGAAGAUCCUGCUCUCUGGCAACUGAGUAUGUGUGGGGGGCCCACCCCUAAGUCCAGAUGACACUCAUGCCGAUGGCUUCAGUGAUGGCAGUGACUGAACCAAAGUGGGUGUCAGUCUGGGGUCGCUUCCUAUGGGUGAUACUGCUGAGCAUGGUGUUGGGGUCCCUGCUGGCACUGCUGCUGCCACUGGGGACCCUGGAAGAGCAGUGUUUGACCGUGCUUAAAGGCUUCUACCUGCUGAGGAGCAAGUUGGACAGGGUGCAGCAUGCCGUCACCAAGUGCACCAGCCCGUCCACAGAGCUCAGUGUCACCUCCAGGGAUGCAGCACUGCGGGUGGUCAAGACCAGGGCCUCUCCAGCUGGUAAGUUGGAAGCCAAAGCAGCUCUGAACCAGGCUCUGGAAAUGAAACGCCAAGGCAAGCGGGAGAAAGCCCACAAGCUCUUCCUGCAUGCCCUCAAGAUGGACCCAGACUUUGUAGAUGCACUCAACGAGUUCGGCAUCUUUUCAGAAGAGGACAAGGACAUCAUCCAGGCAGAUUACUUAUACACCAGAGCGUUGACCAUCUCGCCCUACCAUGAGAAAGCGCUGGUCAACCGGGACCGGACACUGCCAUUGGUAGAAGAGAUCGACCAGAGGUAUUUUAGCAUCAUCGACAGCAAAGUGAAGAAGGUCAUGUCCAUCCCCAAGGGCAACUCUGCGCUGCGCAGGGUCAUGGAGGAAACCUACUACCAUCACAUCUACCACACGGUCGCAAUCGAGGGCAACACCCUCACCCUCUCAGAAAUCAGGCACAUCCUCGAGACCCGCUAUGCCGUGCCAGGGAAAAGCCUGGAGGAGCAGAAUGAGGUCAUUGGCAUGCACGCAGCAAUGACUUACAUCAACACAACGCUAGUUUCCCGCAUCGGGUCUGUCACCAUCAGUGACGUGUUAGAGAUCCACAGGCGGGUGCUGGGCUAUGUGGAUCCAGUGGAAGCUGGCAGGUUUCGGACGACACAGGUCCUUGUGGGACACCACAUCCCUCCCCAUCCUCAAGAUGUUGAAAAGCAGAUGCAGGAGUUCAUACAGUGGCUCAACUCCGAGGAUGCCAUGAAUCUGCACCCAGUGGAGUUUGCAGCAUUGGCCCAUUAUAAACUGGUUUACAUUCACCCUUUCAUCGAUGGCAAUGGAAGGACCUCACGCCUGCUGAUGAACCUCAUCCUGAUGCAGGCGGGCUACCCGCCCAUCACCAUCCGCAAGGAGCAGAGGUCUGAGUACUACCAUGUACUGGAAGUUGCCAACGAAGGCGAUGUGAGGCCAUUCAUCCGCUUCAUCGCCAAGUGUACAGAAACCACUCUGGACACUCUGCUCUUUGCCACAACGGAGUACCCGGUGGCACUGCCAGAGGCCAAACCCAACCACUCCGGGUUUAAGGAGACACUGCCUGUAAAGCCAUAACCCUGGAAAUCCUCCCUUGGUGACAAGGGUGUCCCGGAGAAAGGGAAAUCUUAGCACUUCUAGAAACCGGACUGCCUCCCAAAGCAAAAGGAGACAGAAAAAGGACUUAAAACAUUCUUUACCUCCAAGUGUUUUAGUUAAAAAAAGAGAAAACCUAAAUUAUUAAGCCCUAUGUCUAAGGUAACUUAUAAUUCAGCCCAAGUUAUUAUUUAUUUUCUCCUUUUGGGCUAGUAAAUGUUGUAUGGUAUCCGUGCUAUCUGUGCUGGUGGCCCUAGGUAGGCUUUGGGGGCAUCAGUGCUGUGUGUGUGACCAGAACACUGGUUCUGGAGCAGAAUUUGCACUCACGUGGGGAGAGGCCAGAAGUGUGGAAGGAGGUCCAGAAUCCAUAGGAGGAACUCCUCCAAGUGUUCUGUGAUUUGACCUGAGAGGUCAGCACUCUUGGGGAGAACCUGGUUCCAGUUUUGAGAAAUGACUGAAAGCUUGCUUUCUUAGAGAGUUUUGCUCUCCUACAAAGAGAUUAGCAUUGUGACUAAUUCUCAUUAGUAGAGCAAACUUCUGAGAGGUGAAAUAAAAAUGUUGACAACAUUUCUAGUUAGAUACCUUGCUUGUUUCAAGUAAGUCCUGGAGUCAUAGCUUGCACACCCUAGUACCAGAGGCUGUUAUUUUUCCCUUAUCAAGACUAUUUUUCUAAUUAAGAAUAGGGGAGUGGCCAGCUUGGUUUUCUCUGUGUAUGCAAUGUUUCUCACACUUCGUUUGCAGCAGCUCAGACCAGAUGUUUUAGUCUGCAGAUUCUCUGGGUUUGUCAACUGAAUCCUACUGCAGAUCAGGUACUGUGCGAGUGGCCAAGUCGGCCCUCACUCUUGAGUUGAACAUCUUGUGUCGGUAGAUAUUCAAGAACACAUCUGUAAAAACAGUUGCCACAUCGACACCAAAUAAGAAUUUUUAAUAAUUAGAUGAAGUUUCUACCAAACUAAGAAAAACCUUUAAAAACAGACAGGAUGCGUCCCUUUUGUCAUGCAGUUUUAUCCACUUUCUGAUUUGACCCCCACCUCCCACAGCCAUGGUACUGUCCAGCAUCCCAUCGGGGAAGCAGAAGAGAUUGCCUAGAAUAGCCUUAUUUUUCUAGCAACUUGUAGAAUGAUAAAACAUUCUAUGUAAUACAGCCAAGUUUCUAAGUCUUCGUUCUAUGGAAGAAUAAUUCCUGUACCGUUAAUAUAUUGGCACAGGUGCCGAUAUGACUGCUGCUAUGCUACUCAGAGUCCAAAGGGGCACAGGUUCCUCUCCCAGUGACAGAGCCUGGGACAUCUAACGCUGUCGUGCACUUUGUCAGGGUCGGAAUGAUGGUGAACACAAAGUGUGGUCUCUGACUUGGAAGUCACAGCUUGACAGUAAAGAGGUCACUGUUCUGAGGUAGCAGGUGCUUAUAACUUACUUGUAGGAUAGGCACAGAGUCGCUUUCUGAAAGAUUGAGAAAAAGAUGUGUGAAGUGGCCCCAAGUGAGGAUUAUUCAAACCUUUAUAAAAAAAAUAUUUUCAUACUUGUAUGCUGCCAUAAGGUAUCUCUUCAACCUGAACUCUUCUGGCGUCUUGGUCUUAGCAGCACACCAAGGAAGCCUGACCAGAAGUGCGUAGUUUGUACUCUAUAGAGAAAUGUGCACUUUAGCUUUAUUGUGAAGGAUGUUAUUUUAACAGAUUACUGACUCUAAUAAAGUAUUUUAUUAAUAAAGGCCUGAGACCUGCCGUCUUAUUCAAGAGAUGUUCCCAUCUGUCAUAAAGAUGGAGGAGGAAUUCUUUCAGAACUUUUAAGCCCUGUUUGUAUAAUGGCAGAAAAAUAGAUGCAAGAUAGUAAUUUCAACAAGAAGGUGAUACGGAACUAUGUGGGUCAGCUACCUACCUGCACUGGCAGGGGUGAUGUACUGGUUUUCCACUAACACGCCAGUAACUCAAAUGGUGUUUCAUGCUUCUGUUUACCAUCAGUUCUUGAUUUCCUGGGGAAAACACAUAAACCCACUCACAUGUUCCUGACACUCCGUUUCUAGGACCAUCAAUACCCUGAGCUCAAGUCUGAGCAGCUCCAAUUCCGUGUUUACAUGGGAAAGCACAAAGUGAGGCCAGAAGACUGGCCAACAGCAAGAGAGAAUGGUGAGAUAUGCAGCAACAGGAGUGAAGCCACGUCAGCCUGGACUGGUCAGGAGAUGCUCAGGGCUCCUCGGUGGCAGUCCCUGCACAUCCCCAGUCGCUUCCAUGGAUGGGUGACAGGGGUGGGGUGAGUGCCCAUUCCAAAGAACACAGGAGGGACCAGCGUUACAGCAUACGUUCUCCUGGCCACUAUUUGAAUUUAAUUCACAAGUAACACCUAACCAAAAAUGUUUUGUGCAAAAGAGAAAGACACGGUAGAGAGGGACUUUCAGAGACUUCAGAGGUUUAUUAACCAAUCCUAACUUCCUAGGGGGUGGGGGGAUGCACUUAAAAAACAUCAGGAGGGCAACCCUGGUGGCUCAGCGGUUUAGCGUCCCCUUCAGCCCAGGGCCUGAUCCUGGAGACCAGGGAUCGAGUCCCACGUUGGGUUCACUGCGUGGAGCCUGCUUCUCCCUCUGACUGUG